AAACACGGAAACAACAUGGAAGAACCUCCAAAACGAUCUGUCCUGGAUGUAAUCAACACCCUCGAAGCCAACAAUAUCUGUCGGUUAAUAUAUUUCGCAGGGAUAGAAUCGCGCCAGCAAGUGUUGACCUUCUUCAACGAGUACUCAACGAACAGCUUCUUUGAUCGAGUUACUGGUCUUUUAUUGGUUUAUCCUACGUCAGUGGUGCACUUGGUCGAGGCCGACGAGGAAACCAUUUACACCACCUGUUUGGAUUUUAUCAUCAAUCGAGAGAAUGGUCUUGCAGUCUGCAGAUGUCUUCCGGUCCACACCACCACGACUGGCAGAUUAUUUCCAAGAUGGUUCAUGCGGGAAAUUAAUCCCACGAAUGAUUGUGCAGUAACGGAAUUCACGGAUGUCACGGAGAUGAAAAUAUUUUACUUCAGACUCGUCGACAGAUUGUACAAGUUCUAUUUCGAGUUGAGAAGCAAUACGAAAAAUAUUGAAGAAUUGAAAGACAAAUUGGAUGCAUUGAGUCGUGAAAAUCCAGGCGCAUCGAUUCCUUCGGAAAAUUUAAUCAAGUCAUUACUGAAAAGCACUCGUGGCUUUGAAUUGUCUGACAUUACUGAGAAUUACUGGACCGGAAUGAGAGAGAAGGAGGACAUCAUCUGGCCAAUUCCUGAUAUCGGCGAGCCAUCGAUUUCCCCCUGAGGAAAAUU